GAGGGGGGGGAGAGGGAGGGGAAGGCCGGUACCCACGCAGCUCCAGAGAACUGGGGAAAAGAGGGUGGUGCGAAUAAAGACGCAUCGGUUGGGGCCAUGGCCACCUUUACACGGGAAGAGUUUUAUCAGCAGCUGUUGAGCAGUUGUGUGCUGCCAACUGCUCAGCAGGGUUUUGAACAGGUCUGGACUCUGCUGCUCUUGUGUCUAGCUUGCCGUCUCCUAUGGAGGUUAUCUCUGCCAUCCUAUGUUAAGCACCUGAGCACCGUCGCUAGUGGCUUCUAUGCCCUCUACCACUUUUUUCAGCUGCAGAUGGUGUGGGUUGUGCUCCUCAGCCUCUUGUGCUACCUGGUUUUAUUCCUGUGUCGCCACUCAACCCAGCGUGGAGUUCUGCUCUCCAUCACCAUCCUCAUCUAUUUGCUUAUGGGAGAGAUGCAUAUGGUAGACACUGUGAGUUGGCAUAAGAUGAGAGGGGCCCAGAUGAUUGUGGCAAUGAAGGCUGUGUCAUUGGGCUUUGAUCUGGACCGGGGCGAGGUACCAACCAUUCCAUCCCCAGUUGAGUUCAUGGGGUAUAUCUACUUUGUUGGAACUGUUAUUUUUGGACCCUGGUUCCGCUUUCGCACCUAUCUGCAGGCCGUAGAGAGCAGGAAAAUAACUUUCUCCUGGUUUCAGAAGGUCUUUCUGAGCUUCUUCCUCUGCCUUGUGUGCCUCAUCAUGUCUACCUGCGUGGCUCCCUAUCUCUUCUCAUACUUCAUACCCCUCUACAGCUACAGGCAACUCAGGAAGUGGCUCAGGGCUUACGAGAGUGCCAGUUCCUUCCAUUUCAGCAAUUACUUUGUUGGCUUUCUAUCUGAGACAACAGCCACUCUGGCAGGAUCAGGUUUUACAGAGGAAAAGGAGAAUUUGAAAUGGGACCUGACAGUGUCUCAUCCUCUGAAGGUGGAGUUGCCACGUUCUAUGGUGGAAGUGGUAACCGGCUGGAACCUGCCUAUGUCACGAUGGCUAAACUCCUAUGUCUUUAAGAACUCCUUGAAACUGGGGACCUUCUCGGCCAUCAUUGUGACCUAUGCAGCUAGUGCCCUUUUACAUGGGCUGAGCUUCCAUUUGGCUGCUGUGUUGUUGUCCCUCGGCUUCAUCACUUACAUUGAACACGUUCUCAGAAAGAGGUUGUCUGUCAUCUUUGAUGCCUGUAUACUCUCCAAGAAGUGUCAACCAGGAUGCUCACAUCGCCACAGCACGAAUCUCUGGGUUCGUCUCCUCAACCUGCUCUUUGGGGCUCUUGCUGUCUUCCACUUGGCUUACUUAGGCUCAUUAUUUGAUAUGGAUGCCGAUGAUACUAUGGAAGAACAGGGCUACGGCAUGUCUUACACCAUCAACAAAUGGUCUGAGUUGAGCUGGGCCAGCCACUGGGUGACCUUCGGCUGCUGGGUCUUCUAUCGUCUCAUCAGCUGAAGCAAGACCUUCAUGUGAACUCAAGGAGAUGGGAGCAGGGGGAUGGGGUGGAGGAGGCAGAAUGGAUAGACUCCUCCCC